GCGGCAUUAGGAGACCUGCGGGGCGGCUGGCAAUCGCGUUCUCAGCAGCUGGUCGGGCAGAGUCUGGUUUUCGGUUGUUGUAUUUUCACUGAAUUGUUGCAGUUCCGCGGCGUGACCGAGCGCAGUAAAUCGCGGUUUACCAGUCCCAGUGUCCGCGCGAGACAAGAAGUGGUUCCUGUUGGUGAGUUUGGGUGAUAUCCUCCCGUCAUUCGCCCCAUGGACAGGCCCGCAUACGUUCGGGACGCGCAUCUUCCGCUUCCAUUGGAAAAGUUUCGUGACUUUCCACCGCCCGUGUCUGAGUUGAUCUUUGCGGCCUGGCUGGGAAUUACAUGGUAGAAACGCGUUCAUUAUCUAUUUCCAGAGGUGCUAGUCCUACUCGUCGGGUGGACAGUUCUGUGUGCUCGGGGGGCUGCCGCUCCACCCGUCGAUGAAGUAAUCGCGAGUGUGCUCCAGUGGUUCGCCCGCUAUGUGCGUUUCGAAACAUCGCGACUUCCGGUAGCCGCGCUCCAGUGUACAGUGAUCCGCAACGUUGUGAGGAGCAAAUCAGAUUCCUGAAUGGAAGAAAGUUCGUGUGAAUAACACCAAAAAUAGCCAAGUGACACCCACCCCGUCCACCUCGGUCUCGCCCUCGCAGCGAGUGGUGGCGCUGUCGUAGGCGCUAAUAGGCCUCUUGCAGUGAAUGUCGGUGUGCCCCGCUUGUCCGGUGAAGUGUAAAUUCGCGACACAAUACGCGCACGACGCAGAGGCGACGCGAAUUGGAAACUGAAAUCACCAGGUCGCAUCCAAGGACAGUGGACUGAGCCGACGACCGGGACGACUGCGGACUUGUGGCCUCUCCGUGGACUAUGGCUUCCUUGCAGCUAUCGAAAAUCCUACAAUCGAAGAAAUCGAGUGCGGACGUCGAGCAGGAGACGCUCGAGAGAUGCCAGACUGUUUGAAAGAAACUACUUUUAAAAUGCUGUGAGAACUAAACCCUAGAAAAAACUAAUCGAUCCUCAUUAGAAAAUAUACGAACGACUAAUAAUUUUGUAACACAAGUACUAAAAACAAAGAAAGUCAAAAUGUCUCUCUCUGAUAAGGAGUUUUAUCAAAUGUCCGUUAGCAUUACCAAGGCCCUGAAUCCUGUGGAGGCGGCACUAAAAGUUAAGCAUGCCAGGGCCGCAAUUAUCGGCACAUUUCGAACAAAUGGGGGCCAAAUGUUUUGGACAGUUUCCUUGCGACAACCGUUAAUGGACAAUCGUUUUACGGCUUGGAAGUUUUGUCACUUGCUUCAUAAAAUUCUGCGUGAAGGACACCCAUUAUGUAUAGAACAUUCGAUGCGGCAUCGAGGAAUGCUGAUCGAACUCGGAAAACUGUGGGGACAUCUGACUGACGGGUAUGGAGUAUGCAUUCAUGCUUAUACAAAACUCCUGGUGACAAAAUUGGAAUUUCAUCAGAGGAAUCCACAAUUUCCGGGAAAUAUGACACUAUCUAAAGUUGAAUGGGAUCAUUUAGGCGGGAAUGAUAUUAAUGUUCAUUUCCAGUUAGCAGUGGAAAUGUUUGAUUACAUGGACGACAUAAUGGCGUUACAGCAAACAAUUUUCACCUCAGUUAACACAUUCCGUAUUACAUCGAUGACGCCAGCCGGACAGUGUCGGCUUGCACCGCUCAUUCCUUUAAUACAAGAUUCGAACCAACUGUACGACUUUGCAGUACGGCUGAUGUUCAAACUUCAUUCGCAUUUACCAAACGAUUUACUUUCCGGCCAUCGCGAACGAUUCCGUGUCAUAUUCAAGCAGCUCAAAUCCUUCUACGACCAAGCUCGCAAUCUACAGUUCUUCGUUAAUCUAAUUACAAUUCCAGAACUUCCAGAUCAUGCACCAAAUUUCAACUCGAAAGUUGAUUUUGGAAAUUAUCAAGCACCAGUUGUUCAUGUUCCUGAACCAGAUCCAGAACCCGAUCCCGUCGUCAGUGAUUUGGUAGACAUGAGUAUCCCGCCAACGAAUAAUGUACCUCAGACGCCGGAACCAACUCCAUCACCUUCGCCACCAAUUGACUUCGACAGGUUACUAAGGGAACGGGAUCAAUUAAUUCAACACCUUCAACUUGAAGUCGAUAGGUUGGGCAAGUGUUUAAAAUCGUUGACCGUUGCUCAUCGAGAAGAGCUUAAUCAUAAGGAGGAACACAUAUCAAAGUUGAAUACACGAUUGACGGAUAUUCAAGAAGAACUUACAAACACACGAUUGCAGAAGGAAGAAAUGGAGCUGAAAGCACAAACGGCACCAACUUUGGAGCAGAAAGUAGUGGAGGAAGAAGAGCGAGCCAAAGCAAGUGAAGAGAAAUUCCAAAAAUUGAAAACUAUGUACACACAAAUUCGUGACGAACACGUUAAACUACUAAGAACGCAUGGCGAAAUGACAAAACAGCUAUCUACUGCUAAAAAGGAAACUUCUGAAUUAAAUACGGCCAAAGAACUUCUCCAAGCGCAACUUGAAGAAUUCCAACAGAAACAAACCCGUAUGGAAGAGGACCUGCAAAAGACGACAGAAGUUGUUCAGAAAGAAAAAGAAGUAGAAGAGAAAUUUGAGAAACUCAACACAACUUACGAACAAUUGAAGUGCCGCUUUGACGACUUGCAAGCCGAUAAAAGCGCUGAAAUUGCUGAGUUGCAGGCAAAUAUAGCAGUUUUAGAGGAAGUCCGCAUUGAACAUGGUGUCCUCAAUAAAAAAUGCCAAGAAUUGGAAAAGAUUAUUGAGGAUAAGAAGCUAGUUGAACAAAGUCAACAGGAGGGUGAAGUAUUAAUUACCGAACUUAGGGCUAACUUAGAGGAGAAGAGUAAGAACGAGGAAGAAUUGCAGACUGAACUCGAGAAGGUAAAGGAGGAAAGCAGUAAAGAAGCCCAAAGUUUACAAGCUAAAAUAGUAGAAAAUGAAGAAAAGUUUAAGGCGGCAAAUGCAAUAGUGGACCGAUUAUCAACGGAAAAAUCAGAUAUAGAAAAUGACUUUCAUGAUUUACUCCAUCAACAGGCCGAACUUGAUGAGAAGCAUCGAAAUGCAUUAGAAACAAUUCGUGCUUUAGAACUUUCACUGCAGGAUUCGAAAAUCCAUGGCGAUACAUCAAUACGAGCACUUCUCGAGGCUUGCAUAAAAUCCUCGGAGAAGUUGGCCGUUCGAGCCAUGUCUGAAAAUGAAUUCACCACUGCAGCAGGCACAUCUUCGUAUUUCAUGAUGAUUGCCGAAGAAUUACAGGAAGUUUUGAAUGAGCUACAAAUCGUUUAUGAAAAAUACGCAAGUGACAACACUCAGGUUGAGGGUUUGGCACGGAAGACAGUCUUGUCUGGACAUUUGCUUGCUACUAUACAAAUUCAGGGAAUGACCAUUUGUAAUACUUCAGCAAAUAUUGAGCAGGGUGAACAUAUCGCCAACGAAAUUAAACUUUUCUGCAACGAUGUUAUGUCACUGUUCGAAUCACUGCAUCAGCUACCAUCAGAGAGUGUUGUUUCCCCUAAAAUUGCAACAGUUAAGGAAAAAUUACGAAAAAUCACGUCAAUGAUACACGACCUAACAACGCAAUCGGACAACAGUGGACAAUUGGGUGAUAUGCUAGAAGCUGAGCUAGCCAGUAUGGAUAAAGCAAUAGACGCAGCUGCUUCGAAAAUUGUGGAGAUGCUAUCCAAAGCACGAGCAUCCGAUUCAGGAAUAAAAUUGGAAGUCAACGAAAAGAUCUUGGAUACAUGCACGAAUUUGAUGCAAAGUAUUAGAAUUUUGGUGCAGAAUUCAAGACAUUUGCAAGCAGAAAUUGUUGCGUUAGGAAAAGGCACUGCAUCUGCCAAAGAAUUCUACAAACGCAAUCACCAAUGGACGGAAGGUCUAAUCUCAGCAGCAAAAAGCGUCGCUCAAGGAGCCAACCUUUUGGUUACAGCAGCAAACAAAGCAGUCUCGGGUGAAGUUAAACACCACUUUGACAUUGUCGUUGCAGCACAGGAAAUCGCCGCUUGCACCGCUCAACUGGUAGUCGCGAGUCGUGUCAAAGCACCGCGUGGAAGUCAAAAAUUAUCAGCUCUUAUGAAUGCCAGUAGAAGUGUGACCCAAGCAACAGGUACAGUGGUCGCCACCGCUAAAGAUUGCACUCAACAAUUGGAAGAAUCAGAUGAUCUAGACUUAACAAAAUUGACAAUACAUCAAGCCAAAACUCGUGAAAUGGAUAUUCAAGUUAAAGUACUGGAGCUUGAGCAGGCUCUGCAAAUGGAACGGUUACGUCUAGCUGCGUAUCGUAGAAAAACCUAUCAUCAGAACUCCGAUGAGAAGUAAGGAAAUGAUUGUAAGUCGAAUUUAUCAACGUAUAUUAUGCUCAUUAAAAGUAAACUAACGACUGUGUUGUGAAGUAUCCAAUGAACGUCUUCACUUUUUUAUCGCUGCAACAUCGAAAACGUCCGACAGUAUUUUUGUAAUUUCUCUGCAAUAGGAGUUCGGAUUGUCAGGCUCCACGAGAAAAACUAACUAUAAUCCAAAUUCUAGUAGAGAAAGUAGAUAUCUAUGCAGUCUAAUGCUCAUCAUGAUAGAAACCUGAGAACAUAUUUGUCUUCGUUGGUAGAGAAACGUAGCUGUUUGAGUGCUGGCUACUCAAAAAUGUUGUAACUUGUAGACGAUGGUAGAGACAUUACAGAAGACUGCAUUUUUUUACUUUUCCAAAAAUUAACGCAGACAUAAAUCGUCAUUUACCUAUAAAAAUAUUCUAAACAUUAAAAGCGAACUAUUUUAGGGACAUACAUGGUACUGAGUCGUAGUAUUUUAUUAUCUUCAUUCUCACAUCUUGACUAGAGAAGUUUCUUUGACUAUCAUGCAAUUUUUCAGACAGCAUAACAACAAUAAUAGUGUGUAUCAAUAAAUUCAGUGCCUUCUUUUGUUUUAUGUCACAGUACAUAUAAAAACGAAUAUUCGUACACAUAACUCGAUUGCAAAUUGUUUUAACGACGUUUAGUUCUGUUUUUCUAUUCCGGUAAUCACGAUAAAAGGAACAAUUGGAUAAUAAACAAAUGUAUAGCGGUAGAAUGUAAGUUUACAACGUAAUAAUUACACAACCCUAGCGUUCUAUAUCUAGAAUAACCAAACGGAAGAAAAUGAUGGCCACUGUAGUAUGAAAUACGAUUUUAGUUGUUAACGUUACUAUCAAUGGUAAUAAGUUUAUACUAUUAAAUAUUAAGUUUAGAAUACUUUUAUGCGAUCGUCUACAUAAAAGAUAAUACAAUAAGUAUAAUAUUUUCAUUUUAUAAUAUCUUACACGAGAAGAUUGUUUAUAUACCAAUAUUUUUCAAUUUAAUAUACAAAACAUGUUAUUUAUACAAAACUGAUGAAAUAAUAAAGUAAAAUACAAUCACCACUUUUAUUGCA